AUGACGCUCAAGGAGGAGUUCGCGACCCGCAACUUCAGCAUUUACGGACAAUGGCUGGGUGUCCUGUCCAUGAUCCUGUGCUUAGCACUUGGCAUCGCCAACAUCUUCACAAUCCACCUUCUGAUCAUCAUCUUCUGUGCCUUCGCCAUCGCUUCCUCGUUGGUCAUCCUCUUCAUUGAGAUUCCCCUGCUGCUCCGAAUCUGCCCUACCUCGUCCACUUUCGAUGGCCUUAUUCGCAAGAUCUCGACCAACUACAUGCGCGCCGGCGCCUACGCCGUCAUGGCCGUCAUCCAGUUCCUCAGCACCAUCAUCAACACCACCAGCUUGGUCGCCGCCGGUGUUUUCCUGUCCCUGACCGCCAUCUGCUACCUCCUUGCCGGCGUCAAGGGCCAGGCUUUCGUCGGCAGCAAAACCCUUGGUGGCCAGGGUGUAGCGCAAAUGAUUGUGUAA